AUGGCUCCACUUUCAUCUGGCCAGAUGCUGGCUGAGGCCUUCUCCAAGGGGACUGCGCCUUUUCCCAGUGAACAGAUGAUGUCGCUCGCGCCUGAUCUACCAGACUUGGUAGAGUGUCAGCGACUUUGCUACAUCGCAAUCGAGGAGGCUCUGCCAUGCCACGAGUGUAUUGACCGCGAGACCUUCUUUGCUCAACUCCUCAGAGUACAUGAUAAGCCGCGGGAAGAGCUUGAUCCUAGUGAUCGUGCCUUCCUGGCGCUGACAUUUGCAUUGCUUGGAUUCGCCAAGCGUUAUGGUGCAGAUAAUCAGAGCACAACGGAGGCACAUUCAAACCGCGACGCUAUACUACAGGGCCUGGACAUCUUGAGAGCCAUUAUAUACCAGGUUCUGUUCUUGGCAUCAAGCUGCAUGCUGUCUAAAGCCUACACGCGGCUCUCGAUGGGAGUGGCCACGGCGCUACGUAUAGGUUUGCAUGUGUCGGGCCCGUCGUUAGGUCCAGGUCUUCAACUACCCGCUGAACAUAUGUUCCGGCGUCGGCAGGUCUUCUCGCUGCUCUAUGCCAUUGACACCUAUAUCGCCAGCACGUUGGGGGUCCCAAAGCUCUUCAACCAAGUAGACCCUGACCAGAUCCUCCCCUUGAGGGACGAGAACCUCAAGGACCAUGGCAUUUCUUUUGCACGACAGAAUCCACAUACACCAGAGGCCGAAGCUCUCGUCAGUUGUCAGAUCCUGGUGAUUUUGGGAGAGAUACACACGCGUCGAAACUCGUUCGGCAAGGGCAUGGCGCGAAAUAGUAACGGCAGGACGUACAAGCUGACGAGCCAGGACGUUGCUUCACUGAAUGCGCAGCUUACUGAGUGGUAUAAUAGCCUGCCGCCCGUUGACCAAGUUCCUCCUGUGAAGCGGGCUCUGCAUGCACAGCUGGCCAUUCGUCACACUUAUGCAGUAACACAGAUGGCCCUUCACCGGCCAUUCUUGCAUCAUCUGACACGCAAAGCGGGAGACCAUGGCUUCUGCAUGGAGGGAUAUGCAUACGGCUCGCAGUGCAUCACUGCCGCCAUGCAAACCAUAUGGUGA